AUGUCUUUAGCUGAUGAAUUACUUGCUGAUUUGGAAGAAAAUGAUGAUGGUGAAUUGGAAGCGCUUGUUGAAAAUAAAAUGGAUGUGGACCAUGAGUUUGCAGUGCCAUAUCCUGUAAUUCCAAAGGAGGAAGAUAUUAAAAACGUUUCUAUAAGAGAGUUGGCAAAACUGAGGCAUUCUGAUCGUUUAACACGGGUUAUGAAAGAAAUAGAGCAUAAUAUUGGUAAUAAUAGACAAAAGGUGGAGGUUACUGGGUUGAUGGAAACUGAUCCUGAGUACCAGCUUAUUGUAGAAGCCAAUAACAUAGCCGUUGAGAUUGAUGGAGAAAUUGCUAUUAUCCACAGAUAUGUUCGAGAUAAAUACCAGAAACGUUUUCCUGAAUUGGAAUCCCUUAUUAUAUCCCCACAAGACUAUAUACGGUCCGUGAGAGAACUUGGUAAUGAUCUGGAUCGGGCUAAAAACAAUGAGAUACUUCAAAGUUUUCUUACUCAAGCUACCAUUAUGAUUGUGUCUGUAACUGCAUCCACAACACAAGGGAAAUUAUUGACAGAAAAAGAACUUGCUGAAAUAAAUGAAGCAUGUGACAUGGCAGCAGAGCUCAAUAAUUUUAAAGCUAAAAUAUAUGAAUAUGUGGAAAGUAGAAUGGCUUUCAUUGCUCCUAAUUUAACUGCUAUAGUUGGUGCGUCAACUGCUGCUAAGAUAUUGGGAGUAGCUGGGGGCCUGUCGAAGUUGGCCAAAAUGCCAUCGUGCAACAUCUUACCACUCGGUCAACAAAGGAAAACAUUGUCCGGGUUUUCACAAGCUGCUGCCUUACCUCACACUGGAUUCAUCUAUUUUUCAUCAAUUGUUCAAGAUACUCCCCCUGAAUUAAGAUACAAAGCAGCGAAACUUGUAUCAACAAAAAUUACAUUGGCGUCGCGAGUUGACGCAUGUCACGAGAGUACAGAUGGAAGCAUUGGCCGUGCUCUACGAGAAUCCAUCGAAAAGAAACUAGAUAAAAUGCAGGAACCUCCUCCAGUAAAGUUCGUGAAGCCCUUACCAAAACCGAUCGAGCAGAGUCGUAAGAAGCGCGGUGGCAAGCGUGUACGCAAGAUGAAGGAGCGGUACGCAAUGACAGAGUUCAGGAAAAACGCCAACCGACUUAACUUCGCUGACAUUGAAGAUGACGCGUACCAAGAAGAUCUGGGUUACACGCGUGGCACUAUAGGCAAAUCGAGCACAGGCCGCGUGCGUCUGCCUCAAAUCGAUGAGAAGACGAAAGUGCGCAUUAGCAAAACUCUACAGAAGAACUUACAGAAACAGCAACAGUACGGUGGCGCUACCAGUAUUCGGCGGCAAGUCUCCGGCACUGCGUCUUCUGUCGCCUUUACUCCUUUACAGGGGCUCGAAAUUGUAAACCCUCAAGCAGCAGAGACGCGUACCAACGAAGCCAACGCCAAAUAUUUUUCAAACACUUCAGGUUUUCUGUCUGUUGGAAAGAACACCACCUAA